ACCUAGUUCAUGUCCGUAUGCAAUGGCUCUUCAGUCUUUUUAAUACAUGAAUUGGCCGUCCAGCGCCCAAAGUUUGGUUGGUUUCGACGAGCAUGGUCGGUAGGGUAACGCAGGUUCCAGCAACACACCGUCAUCGGAGUGCAGACGAUGUCUCGACUACCAUCGUCAACGGCUGAGAAUCUUCGCGGGGGCGGUUGACGCUUGAAAAGCUGAACGCUGUACAAACACACGUGCCCGAGUCGCAAGAGCGAGCUGCGCUGAGCUCGUCGACUUGUAAGAACCAUGUCUCUGACUGACACGGCCAAGAACCGUGCCGCCAUGGAAAAAGGCGAACUGUACUACGCCUUCACGCCAGACCUGGUCGCGGCUCGGCGCAGGACAGAGCUUGCCUGCGAGCGCUUCAACACCGCCGGUGACAUUACGAGACGGCAGAGAGUAGAGCUGUGGAGGGACAUAGUCCAGGACACGUCGCCGCUGCCGCCACCGCACGAGGAUGCCGAGAAGGACGCUGAGCUACUCGAGCACGUUCCCUGGGUGCAUCCUCCCGUGCACGUCGACUACGGGACGAAUCUGAAGGUCGGCGAGGGCGUCUUCAUCAACUUCAACUGCACCUUUCUGGACACGUGCACCAUCACCGUCGGCGCGCGGACGCUGCUCGGCCCCAACGUGUCCUUGUUCAGCGGCACGCACCCUCUGGAUCCCGCCGUCAGAAGGGGAACGGCGGGGCCGGAGCUAGGCCGCCCGAUCACCAUCGGGGAGGACUGCUGGAUCGGCGGCAACGCCAUCAUCCUUCCCGGCGUCAAGCUGGGCAGAGGCGUUGUCGUGGGCGCCGGCAGCGUUGUGACCAAGGACGUCCCGGACUUUUGGGUUGUGGCCGGCAACCCGGCACGAAUGCUGCGAAAGAUCGAGACGACCAUGGACCCGGACCAGGCAUCAAGUCAGAACGUGCCUGCGGAGACGCAGGGAGCCGAGGCGCCCAUGGCGGAGAUGGCGCGGGACCUUGAACAGAGUGGUGGAGAAUAAGAAGGAUGAUGGCGUUUACGGUGACGGAUUGGUUCUCUCUGCUGUUGCGUGAUAGACGCGUCCGCGUCAGCGAUUAGACUAGACUAGACAGCUCUAAAUUUUAUAGGUUUGCCCUGCUGGCUGACCGGCCUUUGAAGUACCCC